AUGAGACCAGUGUGGAACAAUCAAAACAUCCACUGGAAAACAAAGAUCAGGCUCUUUAAUACCAAUGUCAAGACAGUCCUCCUUUAUGGCGCUGAAAUCUGGAAAAGGACUAGACGCCUGGACCAGAGUCUUCAAGUAUUUAUCAACAAAUGUCUUAGGCAGGUCCUAAGGAUAAGAUGGUCAGAGAAGAUUUCAAACCAGGACCUAUGGGCAAGAACAGGGCAGCAACCGGUUACGAACUCCAUACUACAGAAGAAGUGGAGAUGGAUCGUACACACGCUGCGAAGAACCCAGCCUAACAUAGCAAGGCAAGCCCUGGAUUGGAACCCUCAAGGACAAAGAAGAAAAGGUAGGCCUACAAACUCCUGGCGCAGAACACUGGACACUGAGCUUCGCAAGAUAAGGAUGUCAUGGGGAGAAGCAAAAGCCAUGGCCAUGGACCGAACCAGAUGGAGAGCUGUGGUAAAGGCCCUAUGCUCCGACCGGGGCGAAGAGGACUAA